AUGUGGGAACAGGGGGGAAACUGGAACACCGAACCAGGCAGAUUCUUGGACGCGGCUCUAUCCAUUUUCUUGGGGCCCGGGUGCAAGACAGUCGCACCUGGCCGCCUGGACGGGAGCACCUCGGGCUCCGCGUUUGACUGCAUGCUCAUCUUCGGCGGCAAAUCUGUGGACAGCGAGAAAGUCUGGUGCUACAACCCAUCAGAGAACAAGUGGGUCGUGGACUGGGCUCCAGGAGGCACCCCACCCAACGCUGGCACCGAGCUGAUGCAGAUGAGAGGGGCUCGUAUCGGCUCGACGCUGUACAUGUCCGGCGGGAUGGUCAGCACAGCCUCGACUGCGUUUGACAAGACCUGGAGCUACACGCUCUCCGGACUUUUUGAGGCGACCACAGUCCAGGAGCACCAAGUCCAGGCUGGUCCGGGAUCGGGUUGCUCGGUUGUCGCCUUUGCCUGUUCAGGAUUUGGAGCCCGGCGUGUGGACGGAGGUCCUUCCAGCGACUGCCCCGGUGCGGAGCCAACACGCCCUGGCUCGCUGGCUGCAAUACGUCGGGUGCGAGAGAGGGCUUCCGUGACCAACUUUCUGUGCCUUCCUCGAUGCCUCUACUCGCUGGAUCGUUUUAUUCAGUUUGCGUCCCUCCGCCGGCCAGACUUGAGGGGAUCAUGGCCUUACCGCAGUGUUACCGAGCUUUAA